CGGCCCGGAAAGUGGACUUCCUCAUAUAAAACUUGCUGCAGCUUCCGCUUUCUGGACAUCGAAAGAGAAACGGAUUCUGCAAUUUCGCUCCAACCGCCAAAGGAAAUUCAUGGGACACGGUGAAAAGGGACGGCCCGGCAAGAGGCAGAAAUCGUCGGCCAAGGAUGAUUACAGGAGCGCGAUGCCGGAGGAGGACGAGGCGAUCUACGGCGAAGAAAUGGAGGAGGACUAUCGCGAUGGCGACGGUGAAGGGAAAAAGAAGGAUUUUAGCAAAUUAGAGCUGAAGCUGGAUCACGGCAAUCGGCCCUUAUGGUCUUGUGCGGAUGGCCGAAUUUUCCUGGAGACAUUUUCCCCCUUAUACAAGCAGGCUUAUGAUUUUCUCAUUGCCAUUGCUGAGCCUGUUUGCAGACCGGAGUCGAUGCAUGAGUACAACUUGACCCCGCACUCAUUGUAUGCAGCGGUGUCUGUUGGUCUUGAGACAGAAACUAUCAUUUCCGUAUUGAAUAAAUUGUCAAAGACCAAGCUCCCUAAAGAGAUGAUUGACUUCAUACAUGCUUCGACCGCUAAUUACGGAAAAGUGAAGCUUGUGCUUAAAAAGAAUAAAUACUUCAUCGAGUCACCCUUUCCUGAGGUGCUGAAGAAGUUGCUUAGGGAUGAAGUUAUAUCUCGAGCUAGGAUAUCUUCUGAGGGACCUGGUGCUGAUGGAUUCACAAUUAGCAAAGCAAUGGGUGAAGUUGGGGUUGGACAUAAUGAGCUACUGAAUGAAGCUGAACUGGCUGCUGCAGCUGAGGAGAAAGAAACCCACUCAUUUGAGAUCGAUCCUUCUCAGGUUGAAAAUGUGAAGCAACGUUGCUUGCCCAAUGCUUUAAACUAUCCCAUGUUGGAGGAGUAUGACUUCAGGAAUGAUACAGUAAACCCUGACCUGGAAGUAGAGCUGAAGCCUCAUGCACAACCACGACCAUAUCAAGAAAAAAGCCUUAGUAAAAUGUUUGGAAAUGGUCGAGCCAGAUCUGGUAUCAUCGUGCUACCUUGUGGUGCUGGGAAAUCUCUGGUUGGUGUUUCUGCAGCAUGCCGGAUAAAGAAGAGUUGUCUUUGCUUGGCAACAAAUGCAGUUUCUGUGGAUCAAUGGGCAUUUCAGUUCAAGUUAUGGUCAACUAUAAGAGAUGAACAAAUUUGUCGUUUCACAUCUGACAACAAAGAAAGAUUUCGUGGCAAUGCCGGGGUCGUUGUUACUACAUACAACAUGGUUGCUUUUGGUGGAAAACGAUCUGAAGAAUCUGAAAAAAUCAUUGAAGAAAUAAGGAAUAGAGAAUGGGGGUUACUUCUGAUGGAUGAGGUGCACGUGGUUCCUGCUCACAUGUUCCGAAAGGUCAUCAGCCUCACAAAAUCGCACUGCAAACUUGGACUCACUGCCACACUUGUUCGUGAGGAUGAGAGGAUAACAGAUCUGAAUUUCCUUAUCGGUCCUAAAUUGUAUGAAGCAAAUUGGUUAGAUUUGGUGAAAGGCGGCUUUAUUGCGAAUGUACAGUGUGCAGAAGUAUGGUGUCCGAUGACUAAGGAGUUCUUUGCUGAGUAUCUGAAGAAGGAGAACUCCAAGAAAAAGCAGGCACUGUAUGUGAUGAACCCCAAUAAGUUCAGAGCUUGCGAAUUUUUGAUCCGUUUUCAUGAACAACAGCGUGGGGAUAAAAUAAUUGUCUUUGCCGAUAAUCUUUUUGCCCUAACAGAGUAUGCAAUGAAACUGCGCAAACCAAUGAUUUAUGGUGCUACCAGCCAUCUUGAACGGACAAAAAUUCUCCAAGCUUUUAAAACUAGUCGGGAUGUGAACACAAUUUUUUUAUCCAAGGUUGGUGAUAAUUCAAUAGAUAUUCCUGAGGCAAAUGUUAUAAUUCAAAUUUCAUCACAUGCCGGAUCUAGACGACAAGAAGCCCAACGUCUUGGACGUAUUCUUAGGGCAAAGGGCAAGCCUCAAGAUAGGAUGGCAGGAGGCAAGGAAGAAUACAAUGCAUUUUUCUAUUCCCUUGUGUCUACAGAUACACAGGAAAUGUACUAUUCGACCAAACGGCAGCAGUUUUUGAUCGAUCAAGGUUACAGCUUUAAGGUGAUCACAAGCUUGCCGCCUCCUGAUUCAGGAGCUGAUUUGAGCUAUCACCGACUGGAUGAGCAACUGGCACUUCUAGGCAAGGUACUGAGUGCCGGUGAUGAUGCAGUUGGUCUAGAGCAAUUGGAAGAAGAUGCCGAUGAUAUAGCUCUUCACAAAGCUCGUCGUUCUUUUGGAUCAAUGAGUGCAAUGUCAGGUGCAAAUGGGAUGGUGUACAUGGAAUACAGUACUGGACGAAAGCUAGGACCUGGCCAACAAAAACCUAAACCCAAGGACCCUUCCAAGCGACAUUAUUUGUUUAAGAAAAGAUAUGGUUCUCAGGACCUAUCUAACUGCUUUUCAGUAUGUGCAAAAGCACGUGAUUGUGAUGCAGCAAGAGUGAUCCAAACAGGACAUAUGGUGCUACCCUCCCUUGGUGUUGGUAGCGGUUGCCAUCCCCAUUUGCAAAUUGGCGUCAUGAUGCUUGUGUAUCCUCCUGUACAUGUAUAUAUUGAAUGAUUUUGCCGUCCUUGAUGACACCAACAUUUUAAGAAGUUGACAUGUUGGGAUAAUCUUCUUCGGGUGAUCUCAA